CAAAUCAUCCCCAGAUGAGGUUCCCCCGAGCAACAACACAUGGACUUGAUAUCGUCUGAAUCAGUACCUCACAUCGUUAACUCAGCCUCGCAAGAUUCCAAGAAAAGACAGGAUGGUAGUUGUGUGAUGACCCGCGAAUCAGGAUGAGGCAACGGGCUGUUUCAACCCCCCCGGCUCAUGUAACCUCACCCAUCAUGGUUCAUCCGGAGCUUAACCGUCCGCGAUCGAGUCCACUUCGGUUCAUCGCUUGCCUGACCUUGAAAUCUGAUGGCCAGCCGCCGGCCAUGCCGACUAUGCCGGUUCAUUCCAAGCUGGCCAGGGUUGGUGCCCAUGCUGCUUGCGAGUAGACGCAUGAAGGGGUUUAAGAGGGCACGCAUGUCCAUGGCCGUCCAAGUUUAUGAGAUUCUCGACAAGAGGAAGACACUCGUUCCCUCCAGCCGUAUCAUCCAUCGACAAGUUUGUUUUUUGGAAGAGCCAAUCCAUCUUUGACGACAAUGAAGUUCUCGUCCUUCGCCUCCGGCCUCUUGGCCCUCGGCGCCUCCCUCGCGAGCGCCGCAGAGGUCGUCAAGCGUGCUUCGCUCCAGCAGGUCGCCAACUUCGGCUCUAACCCCUCGGGCGUCAAGAUGUACCUCUAUGUUCCCAACAAACUCGCUACCAAACCCGCCAUCAUCGUCGCCAUUCACUACUGCAGCGGCACUGCUCAGGCCUUCUACCAGGGUACUCAGUAUGCCCAGUUGGCUGAGAAACAUGGCUACAUUGUUAUCUACCCCGAAUCUCCCUACAAAGGCACUUGCUGGGAUGUCUCAUCACCUGCCUCUCUCACCCACAACGGUGGAGGCAACAGCAACUCCAUUGCCAACAUGGUUACUUAUACCAUCAAGCAGUACGGUGCCGACGCCAGCAAGGUCUUCGUCACCGGUACCAGCUCCGGCGCUAUGAUGACUAACGUUAUGGCCGCUACCUACCCGGAGCUCUUCGCAGCAGCCUCCGUAUACUCUGGCGUUAGUGCUGGCUGUUUUGCGACGGGCACUGUCAAUGGCUGGAACUCGACCUGCUCGCAGGGCCACUCCAUCCACUCCCAGCAGGAAUGGGCCAACGUUGUCUUUAACAUGUAUCCAGGCUACGAGGGCCCACGCCCGAGGAUGUUGAUCCAUCACGGCUCCGCCGACACUACCCUCUACCCGCAAAACUUCAACGAGACGCUCAAGCAGUGGGCCGGCGUCUUCGGCUACACGUACGGCCAGCCCCAGCAGACUCUCUCUAACCAGCCUGCUUCGGGUUGGACCAAGUACGUUUACGGCCCCAAUCUAGUUGGCGCAUACGGAACUGGUAUCACACAUGCCACUCCCAUGUUCCCGGAAGAUGAUCUCGAGUGGUUCGGUAUCACUGGCAACAACAACAACAACAACAACAACGCCUCGCCUAGCCCCAAAGCUGCUGCUCCUACUACUACUCAUGCUGCUGCUAUUGCUGCUCCUACUACCACGCUUCUUGCCUGUGUCAGGACUUCGACUGCUCCGGCGACCCCUAGCUCUGCUGCCCCUGCUAGCAAGGGUGGGUGCACCGUCCAGCGUUGGGGCCAGUGCGGAGGUAAUGGAUAUACUGGCUGCACUGCUUGCGCCAGCUCUACCACUUGCAAGAAGAUGAACGAUUGGUACUCUCAGUGCGUGUAAAGAAGUGGGAAGCGUGCUCUGAGGGAGAAGUAGAGGAAAGAGUCAAGAGAUAACCAAGGGGAGGGAACGAGAAAUUUGCUGAUUAGUCCAACCACGAGUCAUGAUUCCUUGUGAAGAUGACGACUAUGACUUCGA